GUGCCACUCAUCAUUGAAGGAGGGCAGAAUCCAGGGCUGGGGGCCGCGCAUCAAGAGGGGAGGGGCCAGGGGGCGGCCCCCUUGUGACCAGCCCUGAGGAGAGGUCAGGAGAGAAGGCUGGCUGAGAAGUGCCUGGACAGCAGCAGCUGCUGACGUUCUGAAUCACGCGCCUGGGGCCCAAGGUAACCCAGACCUUUAAACAAGCAGCGGGGCUGGGGGCGCUGAGGGGGCGGGAAGGGGCAGGGACUUUGGGGGUUGAGCCCUGAAGACUGGAGCGGCGAACGCGUGGAGGGCGUGAGGAGUCCGAAUUCUUGAAAGAAUCAUAGGGAAUGUGGGUGCUGAAGCAAGAAACGAGGUGUGAGAGGGAACACAAGCACGAAGGAGCAUGAGAGGGCGCAAGAGCGUGGCUGAGUGAAAGACUGCGCUUGGAGGUAGGGGCAAAAGGUGGAACACAGCCAGCCCCAGAAGCACAGGUAAGGUGGAAGGGGGACAUUUUGUUCCCCUGAGCCCAUUUUCUAUAGGUGACCCCCUUUCAGCCAUUUUUAAGGUAAAAUGUUCACCCAAGUGUGUUUUAGGAUAUAAGGAAUGAACGUCAGAGGAAGCUGUACCAAAGUGAGGCUGCGCAAGGCGCAGGAAAGGCAGUCAGAGGGUGGCGCCUUUUUUAAAGAAGAUUCCAUUUCUUUUCACCCUAAAGCUCAGACUGUACCCCCGCCCCCACCUUUUCCACUCUCCGUCUGCCUCUCUUCCACUCUGCACCACCCCCGUGCGCCCUGGGCACGGUCCGAUCGCCUUUAAGCCAGGUAACCGCCUCGGUCUCCACACCAGCUCCGGGAGCCUCUGAAUACAGGGGGUGGAGCUCGCAGCGGUCGCGGCUGAGCAUAAGGGCCGGUGGGAGGGUCCCGGGGGCGCUAAUGGCCCGCCGCGGCCAUGACACUGGCCGGAUUAUUCACAGCAGUCCCUCUCAUUUCAUCUACAGUCGCAGCUCGAUUCCAGACGCCUUUCUCCUCAGACCAGGCGGUGAGCUGAUGGCCCAAGUUCCAGAAGCUUCCUUACCCUCUGGCUCUUUGGUCUGCUGGAGCUCGGGAGGUGGGGGAGGAGCCUUGCCUGAGGAGGCGGCUGAGAAGGCGGGGGAAAUGGAGGUGGAGGCGGUGGGGACGAAAGUGUGUGUUGGCCUGGAACCUGAGGUGAAGCUGGAGCCAUUACAGGAUCGGAAUCCCGCGCCUGAGAACUUGACGUGGAGCGGCGGCAGCGGCGGCGACGAGAAGGUGCUCCCUUCAACCCCGCCUCGCUGGCCCAGCAGCUCCUCGCCCCUUUGCCCUCCCCGGCCCUCGGCCCCACCCUCGCCUCCAGCCCAUCCUCCCCCGCCGCUGCCCAGGCCCCGGCCCUGGCGCAGACCUCAGCGUAGAUCCCGGCCGGUGUCCAGGCCACGGACGCGGCAAAGCUGUUUUGGUGACUUAGGCGGCUCUGGGGAUCGAGGUGGCUUUGGGGACUGGCUGCUGGAGGUGGAGUUUGAUCAGGGUCCCACAGGCUGCUCUCAUGUGGAGAGCUUUAAAGUAGCCAAGAACUGGCAGAAGAACCUUCGCUUGAUCUACCAGCGUUUCGUUUGGAGUGGGACCCCGGAGACUAGGAAGCGUAAGGCAAAGUCGUGCAUCUGUCUUGUAUGUAGUACCUAUGUGAACAGACUCCACUCUUGUCUCUCCUGUGUCUUUUUUGGCUGCUUUACUGAGAAACAUAUUCAUAAACAUGCAGAAACAGAACAGCACAAUUUAGCUGUAGAUCUCUAUCAUGGGGUUAUAUAUUGCUUUAUGUGUAAGGAUUACGUAUAUGACAAAGACAUAGAACAGAUUGCCAAAGAAACAAAAGAGAAAAUGUUGAAAUUAUUAACUUCCACCUCAACAGAUGUUUCUCAACAACAGUGUAUGGCAUCAGGUAUUGAAAAGAAGCAAUCAACCUGUGAGUCAAAGGAACAGGAGCCAAAAUUGGUGAAACCCAAGAAAAAGAGGAGAAAAAAGUCAGUGUAUACUGUAGGCCUAAGAGGGCUAAUCAAUCUUGGGAAUACCUGCUUUAUGAAUUGUAUUGUCCAGGCACUUACCCAUAUUCCUCUACUGAAAGAUUUCUUUCUCUCUAACAAGCACAAAUGUAUAAUGACAAGCCCCAGCUUGUGUCUUGUCUGUGAAAUGUCUUCACUUUUUCAUGCUAUGUACUCUGGAAGCCGAACUCCUCACAUUCCCUAUAAGUUACUGCACCUGAUAUGGAUUCAUGCAGAACACUUAGCAGGGUACAGGCAGCAGGAUGCCCAUGAGUUCCUUAUUGCCAUAUUAGAUGUACUGCAUAGACACAGCAAAGAUGAUAGUGUUGGGCAGGAAGCCAGUAACCCCAACGGCUGUAACUGCAUUAUAGACCAAAUCUUUACAGGUGGCUUGCAGUCUGAUGUCACGUGUCAGGCUUGCCAUAGCGUGUCCACAACAAUAGACCCGUGUUGGGACAUCAGUUUGGAUUUGCCUGGCUCUUAUGCCACAUUCAGUUCUCAGAGUCCAGAGAGGCCUGACAGCACAGUGCAUAGGGAUGACUACAUGCCAGGAAUCCCCUCUCUCACAGACUGCCUCCAAUGGUUUACAAGGCCAGAGCACCUGGGAAGCAGUGCCAAAAUCAAAUGCAGUAGUUGCCAAAGCUACCAGGAAUCUACCAAACAGCUCACAAUGAAGAAGUUACCCAUUGUGGCCUGUUUUCAUCUAAAGCGGUUUGAACAUUUAGGCAAACAGAGACGAAAAAUUAAUACUUUUAUCUCCUUUCCUUUGGAGCUGGACAUGACUCCAUUUUUGGCCUCCACUAAAGAGAAUGGAAUGAAAGAUGACCAGCCACAAACUGAUUGUGCGCCCAAUGAGAAUAAGUAUUCCUUGUUUGCAGUGAUUAACCACCAUGGAACUUUGGAAAGUGGACACUACACCAGCUUUAUCCGACAACAAAAGGACCAGUGGUUCAACUGUGAUGAUGCCGUCAUCACCAAGGCUACCAUUGAGGACUUACUCUACAGUGAAGGGUAUUUACUGUUCUAUCACAAACAGGGUCUAGAGAAAGAGUAGUCUUACCAGACCAUGUACCAGAAAAAAAGUAAAAGGAAUGAAAAGGUAGAUCCUGAAGUGAUACACAAACCUACCUGGAAUGGACAAUGACAAUACCCAUACAACAAUGAGCACCUCUUGAAGUAUCACAAAAACCUCCUGGAAUUGACAAUGACAAUAGUACCUAUAUGAUAAUUAGCACUUUGAUAUAAAGAACAUAUUUUACCAUAACCUGUGGGGGAAAAAAAAAUACUAGUGACCAGCCUUAAGAAAUGGAAAGAGGGAGGUCAAAAAUGGUCACAUAAAACAUAAUUAAGUGAAAAGAAUGUCGUAGGUAGAGAGAGUGAGAAUAGAGAUAUUCUGGCACUAUAUGUCAUUUAUUUCUAUAAAAAUACUGUGGAAAGUCAGGUAGUAUUCUUUCAUCAGCAAAAAGCUUCACAAUUGGUGUUCUGGCUGUAGUUGACCGGUCACAUGGUGUGGAAAAACUAUUUUGAAAUAAAUUUUUAAAA